CCCAUUCCUUCACCGUGUACCGUGUAUGGCUUUCUUCAACGAGUCCAGAAACUUUAGUCUUCGUCUCCCUAAUUGACUGCCAAAAAAAAAAAUACAAAGAUUAGUCUUUCUCUACUAUUAUUUCCAGGUAGUAUGGCCUACUCUUUACUGGGCAGAAACAAAAGAGAGGCCAAAGCCAAAGCUUCCUCAUCCCCAAGAUUGAAUCUACCCAAAAUAGGAUAGUUUUUGGCAAUUAAGCUCAGAUGUCCAGAGCUUCAAACUCCCGCAGCAACCACUGCACAGAGAAUGGAAGCUUCGUGCAUCAUGUCGUCCAUAUCGACCCGAGUUUCUUAUCAGAAUUGGAAGGGACAAUGCAAGAAUUGCCAAGGCUCUUAAACAGUUCAGCAGGAAGAGAUUCUUGUUGCAUCUUCAGAGUCCCUCAGAGCCUAUCUGAGAUCAAUGAGAAGGCCUACCGGCCUCAUAUCGUCUCCAUCGGUCCCUUCCACCAUGGGAAGCCGCAGUACCAGAUGAUCCAGGAGCACAAAAGGCGGUUCCUGAGCGAUCUCCUAUUGCAGGCGGAGAGCAGGAGAGUUGUGCUCAAGGACUUAUUCGAGGCGGUAGCUCCAAUGGAGGAGAAGAUCCGGGAGAGCUAUUCGGAGACCUUGGAAUUCAAUGGCCAGGACCUUAUCUGGAUGAUGGUGCUCGAUGGUUGCUUCAUUAUCGAGCUGUUCUGCAAAGUAGGAAGGAUAGUCCCGGCCGAUCCCAACGACCCUUUAGUCACUAUGGCUUGGAUUUUGCCGUCUUUAAUGAGGGAUCUCCUCCGGCUCGAGAACCAAAUUCCUUACUUUGUUCUGCAGAAGUUAUUUGAUCUGUCUGUUGGAUCCGAAAAUGGUGGCCCCUCCUUGGCCAAGCUUGCCUUGGGGUUCUUCAACUACAUGGUGCAAAGACCGGUCCCCGCGUUGGAGAAGUACUACGAUAAAGAAGGAAAGCAUUUGCUUGACUUGUUCCGCAUGAGCUAUAUGCCCAAGGACCCCGAUUGCCAGGAGGAAGUAAGGUCGCUGAGAUUCCUUCACCUGAUUCAAUCUGCGAAGAAGCUCGAUCAAGCCGGAGUCAAGUUCAGGCCAAGGAAGACUCACAGCAUCUUGGACAUCAAAUUCAGAAAUGGCAUCCUCGAGAUUCCUGUCUUGACUAUUGACGACUUCUGGAGCUCUUUGUUCCUCAAUUUUGUUGCUUUUGAGCAGUGCUAUUGCCAUUCCACCAAGCACAUCACAACCUAUGUAACUUUUAUGGGGUGUCUUAUUAAUACGCCUGCUGAUGCUGGGUUCCUCGGCGACCACAAGAUUGUUGAGAAUUAUUUUGGGACGGACAAGGAAGUUGCCCGUUUCUUCAAUAAUGUCGGGAAAGAUGUGGUGUUUGACAUUCACAGGAGCUAUUUGUCCAAGGUUUUCGAGGACGUGAACCGGUACUACCAAAAUGGUUGGCACGUCCGAUGGGCCGGCUUCAAGCACACGUACUUCAACACCCCAUGGUCCUUCAUGUCGGCCUUGGCGGCACUCAUACUCCUGAUACUCACCAUAGUUCAGUCCUUCGUUACUGUCUAUGCAUAUUUCUAUCCUCCUGCCAACCAGAAUUAGCAGAAGUCUGGGUUUGCCAUCUUCAGGAAUUGGUCGAGGUUGAGCUGCAGAUUAAAACUUGAGCUGCAAAUCUUGUAGAAUCCGUUGGGUGUUAUGUUAUUGAAGGUUCAAAUGGUUCUUGACCACUUGUGUACAAUCAGCCCAUGUAAAUGCAGCAACAUAUAAUUAUUAGCUCUA